AGAGUGAAAGUUGGGAAGAUGGAUCCCCAAGCUCCACUGGGCAGUGAUUUCUCCAUUGAUGAGAAGAUCAUUACAUGGCACCAGAGUUUUAACCAGGUGGUGCCCCUUGCCUUGUGUAAUGACUACUGCCAUCCAGGUUGCAGCAGACAAAGGAAAGAGGGGGAACCAUUUUGCUGCUAUGAUUGUACUCCAUGUCCAGAAGGGAAGAUUUCAAACCAGACAGAUAUGGAUGACUGCUUCCAGUGCCAAGAAGAUCGGUAUCCUAACCAAGAGAGAAACCAGUGCAUCAGCAAGAAAGAAAACUUCUUAUCUUAUGAAGCACCUUUAGGCAUCAGUUUGGCUCUUUUGGCUCUGGCUUUUUCUGCAACUACAGCCUUGGUGUUUGGAAUCUUCAUCCAGCAUCAAAACACUCCCAUUGUCAAAGCCAACAACCAGAAUCUCACCUACACCCUGCUCAUCUCCCUCCUGCUCUGCUUCCUCUGCUCCUUGCUAUUCAUUGGGCGCCCCCAGUUACUGACCUGCAAUCUACGACAAACUACCUUUGGUAUCAUCUUCUCAGUGGCUGUUUCUUCUGUUUUGGCUAAAACCCUCACUGUGGUUCUGGCUUUCAUGGCCACCAAACCAGGAUCCAAGAUGAGGAAAUGGGUGAGGACAAGAUUUUCCACCUCUAUUGUUCUUGGAUGUACUUCUAUCCAGGCAAGUAUUUGUAUAGUAUGGCUCUGUACUGACCCUCCUUUCCCAGAUCUGAACAUGCACUCUCUGCCUGAAGAAGUCAUAGUGGAAUGCAAUGAAGGAUCAGCCAACAUGUUCUACUAUGUUCUUGGUUACAUGGGAUUGCUGGCUCUUGUCAGCUUCGUUGUGGCUUUCUUUGCUCGGAAGCUGCCGGACACUUUUAAUGAAGCCAAAUUUAUCACUUUCAGCAUGUUGGUGUUUUGCAGUGUGUGGCUUUCUUUUGUUCCAUCCUACUUAAGCACCAAAGGGAAGUACAUAGUGGCUGUGGAGAUCUUCUCCAUCUUGGCCUCCAGUGCUGGAAUCUUGGGUUGUAUCUUCUCCCCAAAAUGUUAUAUCAUUGUCUUCAAGCCUGAACUCAACUCGAAAGAGCAGCUAAAAAAGAGAAAUAACAAUCCCAAAACAGUGAGGGAAAAGACAUAUCUCAAAUGUCAAAGGUCAAGCUGUGUAGCUAUGGUGCCACACUGCCCGCUCUAUAUGGAUGACUGCUUCCACUGCCAAGAAGAUCGGUAUCCUAACCAAGAGAGAAACCAGUGCAUCAGCAAGAAAGAAAACUUCCUAUCUUAUGAAGCACCUUUAGGCAUCAGUUUGGCUCUUUUGGCUCUGGCUUUUUCUGCAACUACAGCCUUGGUGUUUGGAAUCUUCAUCAAGCAUCAAAACACUCCCAUUGUCAAAGCCAACAACCGGAAUCUCACCUACACCCUGGUCAUCUCCCUCCUGCUCUGCUUCCUCUGCUCCUUGCUAUUCAUUGGGCGCCCCCAGUUACUGACCUGCAAUCUACGACAAACUGCCUUUGGCAAGAAUGAGCCAGCUCCUAGCGAAAGUUUGCAGUUAACUGCAGAAAACAGCCAGAAACAGAGAGGCUGCUUUUAUGUUAGUCAGACAGAGGAAAUCCAGCAGCUGCAUAUUCUGGCUCCUCCUGACCUUGACGUGCAAGCUGAUAAGACAGGAACGGAGGGCAGGCUAGAACGCAGUCAAAGCUCGCCAGAAGCACAAACGUGCAGGAAAGAGUUAAGAGACAGCCUCUCAGAGAAUGGGGAAGAGGCGGGAGCUGACCCUCUCAGUCCAAGGUCUCGGCGAAUGGGAGGGUUGCAAGAUAGGAAGCAAAACAAAAGACGUAAGAAGUGA